AUGGGUAAGAAAUCGAAAUAAUCCAUAUAAGUAGAUGUUUUGAAUUAAUAUUAUUUUAUUAAUGCUAAAGGAUGUUACUUCUCUUAUUUUAUAUCAUUACUAAUUAAUAUUAUUAUUGCAUUAGCAAGUUUAUUAUUUCUCAUUAAAAUAUUUUUAAGAUUACUUACAAUCACUACUUCAACAAUUAAGGAUAAAUAAAAAUGGAAGUAUUUUUUUUAAGAUUCUAAGACUUAAUUUUGGUCAGGUAAUUUCAAACCUUUUCAAAUUUAUAGAACAGUUUAUUAUAUUACAAUUAUUGUUGAAUUAAUUUAAUAUCCUGAAGCAUAAUCAAUUUUACUUUCGAUGUAAUCAUUAUUUUAUUUAAUUUACUUGAUUUAUUUUAGACCUUUGAUAUCAAAUUUUUAUUUAGCUAAAUUGCUGUGUAGAGAAGUUGUAUUUUUGAUAAUUACAGGAUCAUUUUUAGUCUAAAGUUAAGAAUUUAACGAGGAUAAAUUUUUAGUUUAUGGAUGGUUACAUAUAGGUCUAUUUUGCUUCAUAAUAGGCUUCACUUUAAUAGUUGACAUUUUAGAUUAAGGGAUAUAAGCAUAUAAUUUCCAUUUAAAAAAUAAAAGAAAGAAAAAAUAAGAAAAAUAAAGAAAUAUUAUAAUAAUCCAUUAUAAAGUUACAUAUUGGGAGAACCAAUAUAAAUUUAGAAAAAGAUUUUAUUUUUUAGGGUUAAAUGACUUAUAAUAAUUUUUUAUUCAAUAAAAUUUUUGA